UCCCCCUUUUUUUUUUUUUUUUUAAUUGUGCUUAAGGUCAAAUUUACAAAGCAAAUUAGUUCCCCCGUUCACUAGUUUGUACAUAAAGUGUUACAUGACUUUGGUGGUAUUCCCCACAGUGAGUCAGCACUAUCCCCGUUUCCAUUCCGAGUUCCCCCUUUCCUUUCGUCCUGAUUUAUCUCGUGUAAAAAAAAAAAAAAAAAAAUUUUUUUUUUUAAUUGUUCUAAGGACCACCUUCUCUCGGGAGUUACUGUUUAUUUCACGGCCCUGUCUAUGGUUUGGCUGAACGGUGGCCUCUGGAAAUGUGGCUGCAGUUCCACUUCAGAAGGGUGUCUUAGGGCCACAGUCUCGGGGGUUUCUCCAGGCUCUGUCAGACCCCGUAAUUUGUUUUUUAACCCAAACCAAGCCUAACCCACUGCCAAGUGGAUUCCAACCCAUAGAGAACAGAACUUCCUCAUAAGGUCUCCGAGGCUGUAAUCUUCAGGAAGCAGACCGCCGCAUCUCUCCGCCCCUGUAGCAACUGGUGUGUUCCACCACCAAACUUCCGGUUCGCUGCCGAGCGCUUCACCUACUGCACCACCAGGGCUCCUGACUUCUUAAAAGGGGUGGAAAACCUGACGCAGGCGCAGUGAUCGACAGCCGCGUCAAGCCGACAGUGAGCACGCGCACGAGCCCAUUGCCCGCUGUCCCUCCUCCCUCAGACCCCGCCCCUCAAGGCUCGACCUGGGCCGCUGCGCCCCGCCCCGCGCAUGCGCAGGGCCGUUUUUUCCCGUGGUGCUCUAGGGCGCGGGUAAUUUGUAGUUAUGGCGGGCGCUCCGUCGCUGCGUUCUUGCAAAAGAUGCUCCUCUGUUAGCUGUGCGUGUGACCAGGGCAAGUGGAGCGACUCCUCUCUGCUGGGCAGGAGGCUCUCCGAAGACUCGAGCCGCCAACAGCUGCUGCAGCAGUGGGCGAGCAUGUGCAGCUCCGGGAGCUGGAGCGCGCCGGCGGCCGGCGCCGAGGAGACGUGGCGUGGGGAGGCCGCGGAGGAGGAGCGGCCGCUGGUGUUCCUGUGCUCGGGCUGCCGCCGGCCGCUGGGCGACUCGCUGAGCUGGGUGACGAGCCAGGAGGACCCCGACUGCAUCCUGCUCCGCUGUGUCUCCUGUAAUGUUUCUGUAGACAAGGAACAGAAGCUAUCCAAACGUAAAAAUGAAAAUGGCUGCAUUCUUGAGACCUUGUUCUGCAGAGGCUGCUCACUGCAGCUUGGCUACAUAUACAGGUGCACGCCCAGGCAUCUUGACUUCAAGAGAGACUUGUUUUGCCUCAGCGUCGAGGCCAUUGAGAGUUAUAUUUUAGGAUCUUCUGAAAAGCAAAUUGUGUCAGAAGAGAAAGAGGUUUUUAAUCUUGAAAGCAGAGUUGAGAUAGAAAAAUCUCUACAACAGAUGGAAGAUGUUUUGAAAGCAUUACAAAUGCAGCUGAAGGAGGUUGAAUCAAAAUUGUCCUCAACCAAAAGCUGAAAUCGGCUCUGUGUCCUCCAUUCCAGACUCCCUGCCCUGCCUGCCACGUGUAACAAUUCUUGUUAUCAUUUCAUUUCACCGAGAACUGAAGGACUUCUGGGUGGCCGUGUACAUGACACUCUUUUGUGUUGGUCAAGUGAAAAGAAUUGUAGAACUACUUUUACAGCUGUAUUUGAUGGUAAAGAGGUGAUUGUGUCCCAAAUUUGAAUUUUACAGCCAUUUUUUGAUAUUUGCUAGAAUUGGAAUCUAGGAGUUUAUUUUGCUAAUUGAUGAUUUCCCGAGCUCUUUAUCAAACACAUUAUUCUUCAUUUUCUGUUUUUUUAACCUUGCGACACCUUUCAUACUUGGGCAGUAUUUAAUAUCGAACGGUUAAGAACAUCUUCGGGGCUUUUUCCACUCAAGAUGUGCUUGGACCUUCUCUGAAAACUGAUGGCGUGGAGCUCUCUCAAGAGCCAGUUGCUGGCUGACUUGUUGGAGCUAUUUGAAAGCUUGUACAUAACAUGUAUGUGUAGGAUCCCUCUUAAUCCUGUUUGUUUUUAUUUUCCAAUGUAUGCUUAACAAAUCUGUAAGGAUAUUUACCAAGGAGAGUAGUAAUCAUCUCUCAGCAUGGGAUUCUGAGGGAAAUGUCAGUUUUUCAGUUUUCUAUUGUAUAUGAAUUUUAUAGUAAAUGUAUUAUUUUUAUAAUCCAGAAGAGAAUAAAAACUAAAGCAA